UUAACUCCCCACAACUGCCCUGUUUGUGGACACGCUUCCUGUCCUGUGAGUCCGUCGCACCUCGGGGCUGGGACGCUCUCCUGUCCGGACUUGGGUGGCCCGUGCCGAAAUGGGGCACGAAGAAGUGGUGCUUCUCCUUCUAUUGUUUCUGAAUUCAGGUCACGGAGACUCCCUGGACAGCUAUGUGAACACGCAGGGGGCAGCACUGUCCACUGGCAACAAGAAGAACCUGGGAGCCAGCAGCAUAGCUGAGUGCGCAGCAAAGUGUGAGGAAGAAACAGAAUUCAUUUGCAGGGCGUUCCAGUAUCACAGUAAAGAGCAACAAUGUGACCUCAUGGACCAAACCAGAAAAACCGCCCAAGUCUCCAGGAUGAGAGACGUUGUUUUAUUUGAGAAGAGAAUGUUCCUUUCAGAGUGCAAGACCGGAAACGGGAAGAACUACCGGGGCACGGUGUCCAAGACCAAAAACGGGGUGGCCUGCCAGAGAUGGAGCGACAGCUCCCCACACAAACCUAAUUUCUCACCCACUAGCCACCCUUCAGCGGGGCUGGACGAAAACUACUGCCGGAACCCAGACAACGACGAGAAGGGGCCCUGGUGUUACACCACCGACCCGGCGACCAGAUUCGACUACUGCAACAUUGCUGAGUGUGAAGUCGAGUGCAUGCAUUGCAGUGGAGAGAACUACGAGGGCAAAAUUUCCAAGACCACGUCUGGACUCGAGUGCCAGGCCUGGGGCUCCCAGAGCCCCCACGCUCACGGCUACUUGCCUUCCAAAUUCCCAAACAAGAACUUGGAGAAGAAUUACUGCCGAAACCCAGAUGGGGAGCCCCGCCCCUGGUGCUUCACCACGGACCCCAACAAGCGCUGGGAAUUCUGUGACAUUCCACGCUGCACAACGCCCCCGCCAUCCUCAGGCCCCACACGUCAGUGUCUGGAGGGAAAAGGUGAAAACUAUCGAGGGACGGUGGCUGUCACCACCUCCGGGCACACUUGUCAGCACUGGAGCCAGCAGACCCCACACAAGCACAACAGGACCCCUGAAAACUUCCCCUGCAAAAACCUGGAGGAGAACUACUGCCGCAACCCCGACGGAGAGACGGCCCCGUGGUGCUACACAACCAACAGCGAGGUGCGGUGGGAAUACUGCCGCGUCCCGUCCUGCAACUCCUCGCCGGGGUCCACUGAGCAGCUGGACAGCCCAGUGCCACCUGAACAAACUCCCGUUGUCCAGGAGUGCUACCACGGCAACGGGGAGAGCUAUCGAGGCACGUCAUCCACCACGGUCACGGGGAAGAAAUGUCAGCCUUGGUCGUCUAUGACGCCACACCGGCAUCUGAAAACCCCAGAAAGAUACCCAGAUGCUGGCCUGACAAUGAACUACUGCCGGAAUCCAGAUGCUGACAAAGGCCCCUGGUGUUUCACCACCGACCCGAAGGUCCGGUGGGAGUUCUGCAACCUGCAAAAAUGCUCGGGGACACAGCAGAGCGUCCCCAACACCCCAUCUGUAGACCAGGUUCCGAGUGUUGAGAGUCCUUCAGAACCAGACUGCAUGCUUGGGAACGGCAAAGGCUAUCGGGGCAAGAAGGCGACCACGGUUACGGGCACGCCGUGCCAGGCCUGGGAUGCGCAGGAGCCCCACACACACAACAUUUUCACCCCACAGAGCAACCCGAGGGCGGGCCUGGAAAAAAACUACUGCCGAAACCCUGAUGGUGACGACAACGGUCCCUGGUGCUACACAAUGAACCCAAGCAAGCUUUUCGACUACUGUGAUGUUCCUCGUUGUGAGUCCGCUUCAUUUGACUGUGGAAAGCCCAAGGUGGAGCCGAAGAAAUGUCCCGGAAGGGUCGUAGGUGGCUGUGUGUCCAACCGGCAUUCCUGGCCCUGGCAAGUCAGUCUUAGAACAAGGUUCGGACAGCACUUCUGCGGGGGCACCCUGAUCGCCCCGCAGUGGGUGCUCACUGCCGCCCACUGCCUGGAGAGGUCCCCCCGGGCUUCGUCUUACAAGGUCGUCCUGGGCGCACACGAAGAGAAUAUUCUUGGAGAUGAUGUGCAGGUGAUAGAAGUGGCCAGGCUGUUCCCAGAGCCCAGCCGGGCGGACAUUGCUUUGCUGAAGCUGAGCAGCCCUGCCGUCAUCACCCGUAACGUGAUCCCAGCUUGUCUGCCGUCCCCCAAUUACGUGGUCGCGGAUCGGACGGUGUGCUACAUCACCGGCUGGGGGGAGACGCAAGGCACCUACGGCGCCGGCCUCCUCAAGGAAGCCCAGUUGCCGGUGAUCGAGAACAAAGUGUGUAACCGCCAGGAACACCUGAACGGGAGGGUCCGGACCACCGAGCUCUGCGCGGGGCUCCUGGCCGGGGGCGUGGACAGCUGCCAGGGUGACAGCGGAGGGCCCCUGGUCUGCUUCGAGAAGGACAAGUACAUUUUACAAGGAGUCACUUCUUGGGGCCUUGGCUGCGCACGCCCCAAUAAGCCUGGCGUCUACGUUCGUGUCUCCAGGUUUGUCAGCUGGAUCGAAGGAGUAAUGAGAAGCAAUUAACUGCAUGGGAGACCGAGGGAGGCAUCCACGUGUCCGAGGCUGGAACGCGGGUGGGGAAUUUAGCGCGCUCAGAAAAAUGACAGAUACUGACCUGAGGCCUGCACUCAGCUGCCAUGGGCUGCCAGACCUCAACUCCUGUAGGAUUGUGGGUAAAUGUCUCCCGUGCACGGGGGCUCCAUGGUGGUCAGGCCACAAACACAGAGAUGACAUACAUUGAAAAUAAACUCUGUCUUUACUUCGA